GAUAUUUGCUGUCACAAGACUUAACACUCAGUGGUAUGCAUAUAGGAUGACGCCAAAAAUGAUGGAAAUUAUUGAAAAAUUUAGUAAGAAAACGACCAAGAAACUGCGAUUGAAUACCUUCUUCAAACAAAAGAAGUCUUCCUCUAUACCAGGGAACUAAUAAUGAGCGAAAUACGGAGCGAAAACGGCGUACGUGCUUCGUGAUUGAGAUGGCUGGCAGCCGUGUUCGGCCCAAAGUGAUUCAGUUCGGAUCACAUGUACAUAUCAUGGAAUCAUCAUCAAAUUGUACUGCCUGAUUCAGACUAAAACUAACCAGAGAACGUACGGCCACUUAUUCGUAUGCAAAAAGCUACCAAUUAUUAUGCUAGAGCCCUACUGUGAGCUGAAAGAAUUAUAUUCUAAACAGAAUGGAAUCGCUCGAAUGGUUUCAAUGUCAUUGGAAACUUAAGGUAAUUAAGAACAUGCCAUUUCCGGGCUUUUGGGUAUACUGUCACAAUAAAUGAAAGGAGGGUAAAUAACAUAUUUUUUGUUGAAUUGUAGAGGUUGUACAGGCUUUAAGUUAAGUGAAAAUAUCUGUGACGAAUCUCUUUAGAACUGUGCAGAGUAUUUUUGGAUUUAAACAAAACACGAUUAAAUUGAAAUCAAUAGAACGUGAAAACUCAUGUUUCAAGAAGUAUCUCCGUACAUUGAUUUGAUGCAAACUUCAAAAUGUAUUUCGAUUAUUACCUUAGUAUGAGACAAGUACCAGUUUUCAAACAGAUUUUACCCUUUCAGUUUCCAUUUUGAUGGUUCUACGGAUCAUUCAGGACAAAUCGGUUUAAGGGCAAACAUAGGUCAGACAAAAAAUUUACAAACUAACACCAUUAUUUUAUAAUUAUAACGAAAGGUACAGCCAUACAAAAGAUGAUGAUGAGACAACAUCUACGUCUACAUCUACGUUCGUUUUGGUAGCUCUGUCCUCCGGCAGGUUAUUGGUAUACCAAUAGGCACCAACAGUGCACCUUUGUUGGCUGAUCUCUUCCUUCAUACCUUCGAGUACGAUUUCAUGGUCAAAACAAUGAAACAAGACAGUACAAAAACCAUCCAGUUUAGCAACACCUUUCGGUACUUCGACGACACUUCCGCAUCAUCCACUGAAGCGGGUUAUCUCGACACGAAUAUCAAGACUGGCGACAUAAAUACACCUUUCCGUAUCAGCAUCUGCGAUAAGAGAGAUGAUUUUCCAUCCCGGAUUGUCAACUUCCCUCAUAUGGACAGCAACAUGCCCGCCAUUCCAGCUUACGGCGUUUAUAUAUCUCAACUGCUGAGAUACGCUAGAAUUUGCACGUCCAAAGUUGACUUCCUAAAUAGACUCCGCGGACUUUCAUUACGUCUCAGACAACAUGGUUUUGAAACCAAUCUACUUCAGAAAUCAUUUAAUAAAUUCUUCAAUCGCCAAGGUCUUAUCGUCGAGACGUAUGGUGCAGCUCUGCGGGAGAUGAGAUUAUCAAUCCAAUUGAAUUACACCAGCGUAUCCUUACAUCACUUAUUUAUUACUUAUAGAUUUGUAUUUCUUUCGUAUCUUGGCACGUAUGCGUACAGUUUUAUUUUGUGCGCGUGCAUUGAAAUAAUGUCUUAAUUUUACUUUGAGUUAUUUUCCUCAGUUGUAUGUGUUGUCCGUGACUGUGCUCACAUUGUAGGUGGCUCGUCCUAAAAUGUUCUGCAAUUGGCGUAGGAUAUAUAUUAAUGGAACCGAAACCAAUUGGGGAAUUGCACACAUUUUAGGCAUCCUACUGAUGAACAGUUACGACACGUAGAUAUAUUUUUUAGCAACUACUAUAAUUUGCAGUCUGUCCACUUUGAAAUGUAUGUUUACAGAUACCACAGCAAGCACGUAACGCUCGUUUAGGCAGGACUAUCCAGUAAUACGCUUUUACUGAGAAAAGUAUGCACUUUUGCAACGAAUUGAAGUGAUAUGAACGAUCAGAGUUUCUUUACUCACCUAAAAAGUUGCCAUUUAACUACCCAUAACGAGCCCUCUCUGUUUUUUUUUUACAACAACUGCCCAAAUACGUGCAUAAAGUUAACACGUUUCGUUAAAGAGGAGGUUCUUUCAUAUCGUGAUCGUUAUUCACUGAGUAUGAUUUGGUUACUGACAUGACAUCACAUAUAAGAUAUAGGUUGAGUACCACAAGUCUGUAAUAAUCUCCUUAGAGCUAAAUUGCAAGUCGGCGCGGCUUCAAACACUAUUAUUUUAAGUUAUGACUGACUACAUUUUUGCGGUGAAAAUGUGUAUACGUUUUUACUGAGGAACUAACUUAAACUUAAAGUGUGCUGAAAUCACUAGCACUACUUUGUGUUUCUCUCUGAUUGGAGGAAAUCGCGUACCACUGGCGUACGGUUGAUGAAUUGCACAUUUUUGUGACUCUAAUGGUGCAGACUUUAAAUAUACUACCCUGCGAGCGGAGGUUUCAUUUCGGCAUGGUUUUCAGCAUGCAUGCACAGAGCCGUUUGCGUCACUCUGGGGUCAUUCGCGUAGUUGGCUUGUUUGCAUUAAGUAUCGAAGCUCAUAUUUGAAUGACAGCGACGCGAGCGACUACGCACAUGCAGUCAUAAAGGCUAGAACUCUGCUCGCAGGGUGAAGACUUUUGUGAAGAUUCGACAAAAAUUAUGUUAAAUCGGGUUUCAUCAGAAACAUCAAACGGCCUUCACCUCCGUUGCAAAAGAAAAAAAAAUGAAUAUUUAAAACAGAAUUUGAGAAUCAACAAAGGCGCUCAUUGAAUUGGAAACAUGGAUGACAAAAAUAGCUGACAAGUGUCAGUUGUUAUUUUUCAAGCAUUAUAUUUCCAUGGUAACAAUGGACGAAUCGUUUUGCAGUAAUGUAUUAGGGCGAAUUUUGAAUUUUUGGCGGACUUUCAUGAUUCGGGAAGAAAUCUUGAGUUCAUCAAAUCCUGUGUAAGUUCUUCCUUUGAUAUUUAUCAGCACAUGUAAACGAUUGUAUCCGACCGGCUGCCAUUAAUGAAUCUCCUCCUGAACAUAGGAACCUCCUUCCACAAACAGUUUUACACCCGAGUAUUACUGCCGAGCAGCCAGGGUUGAAACGUUGGAUGUAGCGCUAUCCAUCGGAUAAAUCACUAUCUACUGGAUAAGUUUAAGGAAAACCAAUUGCACUAUCAACUGGGGCCUGAUUAUUAAUUAUACUUAAGACCACAGAUACACCUUCUAGAAACAGUGAGCUUAAUUCUGCAUUAAUUUCUCUUCAAAUUCUACAUACUGUAUUUAAAAUACUUUAUAAUUGUUUAUAAUGUUUUAUGUGUUUUCCGUUGAAGAAGUAAUUUGAAAGGAUUCCUUUAAAUAACUCUUGCCCCUAAUAUGAGUUGCAAUGCUUAUUCUCUUAUCGACCAAACAGAUCUAACAAAUAUUUUCAAAUUCAUAAAUAAAUAAAUGAAAAUAAAAAAUAAUGAAAUAGCACCGGUUGUUAUAAGGCCCAUACACACUGCCAGUCGGUUUCCAUUGUAACGUUAUCUUCAUUACUUGAAGCCACAAAUAUAGCGAGUCAGUCAACAUCGAUGACGAUGUUUACUAGUUUCUGUAACUAUUCCGUGCUACCCUCUUAAAAUAAAGUGUAUCAUUAUUAUUAUUAUAAAGAUUAAAAUAGUAAGGGCUGCCACCAAAUUGAGUGAAACAUAAAAAUAACGGCUCAAAACAGGAGAGAAGGUAUAAAAUCAAUAACACAGCAAAUACAUAAGAAGCCACGGAUUGCAAAUUGCCGUUUUUGAAAAUUUGCUGUUAAUUAGCCAAACAGUUUUUCAAAUUUUGUUAUUGUUGUUGGUAACGUUUGAUCUAAUGGUUUGGGUGAGAUAUUUGUUCGAUAUACUGUUUAUUAGAAGUAAAUUUUUGCUUAAGUCAAGCUCCUUAGAAAGGUAGCGGGACAAGGUUAUAUCGCUCAAAUGCUGCAACACUUUGAUCUCAGUCUGUAACUCGGUUGUACUAUAUUGGAAGACUGACUGAGCAAUAAAAUGCAACUGGCUGCAAAAUCGCACGUUUAAAGUAAUUUGUAAGAGGCUCAUUCGAGUUCUUUAAACUGGCAAAGGAAUUGCAGCAAUGAGCACCAUCGUGAGUUAGAAAAUUCUUAUCAAGAUUCUUCGGGAGAAGGUUUCCCUUUAAGGAUCCCGUGAAUUAAAGGUCGAAGUUACACUGAUGACUUCAAGACAUGUCGUUACUGUGAACAAGUCACAUUGUUCCUCAUUUUGACUUAUUUAAGAAGGGAAAUGUUUUCGUGUUUACAAAAACCGUUUAGGUAAAAUCAAAGGCUACUAGGAGUGAACUCAUGGAUGAAUUGAAUCGUAAACGAGCAUGGGUGCUAAGUGCCAGUGCUCUCGAAUUUCGUGAUUGAGUUUCGUUAUUUUUAUAUUGACAACCGAAUGUUCAAGAUUAUCACCUCUGUAUUUAUAGUAACUAGAAGGCUUGAGAAACAUUCCAUUUUGAAAUUCCUUCGUUUUAAACCGCUUGGGCACUGUAACAUAUUCACUUUUCUCCUUAGCUUUUUUUUUUUUCAUGACCUUCUGUGUGUGUUGGUUACUUGAUAGAUCAUGUUCACGUUUCUUUAGCAUUUGAUUUUUGGCGUGUAUUUUCUGAGCAUCGAUCUGCUUUUUGGCAUACAGUGUUUUAAGAAGCAUUUCGUCAGCAUUUCUUCGGUAACUUUUUGGCAUCUCUAUAUCACUCAGGCUUAUUUAAGGGAGUCAGAUCCUUGCCCGAAGCUGUACGUGCCAGUCUGACCUUAUAGGAAUUCAAACCCGACACAGUCGAAGUAUCCGAUUGCAUGUGCAACUAAUAUUCUAGAAACUUGUUAUCAGCGCAGCAUUCCUACUUACGCGAAGAUUACUUUAAGCUUAUUAACGCUUUUUAGUGGUAAAAUUUGCUUUCUCAUGUGAACGUCAACGUCGCUUUACAAUUCGAGGACCGUUUUCUGCAGCUAAGGCUUUUCGGGCCUAUCCGCUUUUCGCUGAACGAAAUCCCAUCGUCAGACUUCGAUACCUCUUUCAUACUCCUGUCGAUCGCAUCUUCUCCAUAUCAAGUAAUAUCGGUAACAAAUGUGCACAAUUCGUCCAAAUAUACAACAAUGAUCCACGCUCAAUUAUUUCAACGUCCUUUGAACAUCUUGGGGAAGAUAUUGUCAGUGCUCUUUAGAAUAUUUCCGUUUAUACAAAACACAUCUUCGGCUGGCUACUCUUUUGUCUCGGGAAAAAUGUACGCCUUAAUUUCUAGUACCCUCUAGAAUAUGCCAAACAUAUGCGUAAAAGGCACUUGGAACAAUUUAAAGUAAUACUAAGUAAGGGAGGCAAGGGUAAAGUGUUUAAUUUGGCUUCAAUGAAUAAAUUAAUAAGAAUCGAGUGAGUGAGUGAGUGAGUGAGUGAGUGAGUGAGUGGGUGAGUGAGUGAGUGAGUGAUCGAGUGCCAUUCGAGUGCCUCCACAAGCCCAUGGCAUGACUACGUCAUCCAUGGGCUAAAAAUGACUUUUCAUUUAUGUUGUUUAGUAUAUAUGAAUAAUUUUAGACAGCUUUCAGAAUAAUUUAUCAUGUGUCCACCCUUAAUUCCUGCCAAAGUUUCUGAUAAAAAAGCUGUCUGUCUUUUGUUGCUGUCAUCGAUCUCAGACCAAGAAAGUAGUUCAGUACUCAAUUGGUCAGAUCACAAGCUAGAGUCACGGACUUUCUCACUAAGGCUAGAUCGAGGAACUAUGACUGAAAUACACUACAACUGAAGUAUACACUAACUGAUAUACGCUUCUCACUUGCGCUAUCUUCGAUGCCUGACGAUCACUUCUUUCUUCUUUAAAACCAACAUUUUGGGUUCAAACUGAUAUAGUAAAAAAAUUUUAAAAAAAUAUAGUCAAAAUCGCCACCGUUUCAGUGAGGGUCCCUGCUAGCUUUGCUAUCUUAUUUGAAUUAUUCUAAAGACUUUGGGUUAUAGAAAGAUGUAACAUGAGCUGGAUUUUGCCAUAAUUGGGGGAAAUUAACCGUUAUGUGUCGGGCAGUAAAAGACAGCUGCUUCAAUAUUGCCGAAAAAACAACGGGAGGAUGUUAAACUGAGGAAGCGUUAAUUUCUGAUGACGCAUUCAAACCUGUCGAUCUUGCAGACCGCUAGUCCGGCGUUAUACAAACCUCCCAGUGAAUAUGCGAGAAACGGAUGUUUUUGUAAAAAAUGUAAUGUAUUUCUGCUAUUCUGAAGUUCCUUCCCGUGUGGCAAAUGAAAAAUUCACGAAAAGAACAUAUGCGGAUUUUUUACUCUCUCUACGGUUUUGCUGAUGAUUUCAUUCGUAAAACGUGUGCCAUGACUCCAAAAACAAGCGAGACAUCAAUAGAUUACGGUUGAGGUAAGCUUACACUGAGUUAAUCAAUUAAGCCCUAAAGUAGGGCCCUUUCCGGCUGCCGGGCAUACAGCUACAGCGAGUAUGUAGCCACAAAAUGUAUACGCCGAACAUAUUUUUUAUGACGGAUUCUACGUAUACGAGAAUGCGUAGCCCGAUAGAAAAUGAUCCGUGAAUACACAUUCCAUAUUAGAGAUACAAUGAAACGAGGUUAAUACACGCAUUCAUCUCAUCCAGACUGCUUGUAUUGUUUCAUGCUAUUUUUCAUGCAGAUUUUUCUCUAACUUCAGCAAAUAAGCCUUAGAGCUGUCUAGUUUUAUAUCUGUAAGUUUGAAGUCAACCAUGACCGUAGAACUCGCUGCACAUAUAGCUGGUCA